UAUUACUUCCAAACUGUGAUUUCGGUGGCGGCCCUCGUGACUAACGGCAGCGCCUCCUUGCUUGCGUACAACGGCGUAUAUGGAGGCCAUCACGGCCUUCUUGGUGCCUAUCCUUACGCAGGGUAUUCUGGUUUGGUGCCCUACGCAUACGCAGGUGGCCUUCCCGCAGCUGCUCCCCUCACCAUCAAAACACCUGUAAUCAAGACCUUGGGUCCUUCACCUGUAUCCUACAACGUGGCUCCUGCACCUGUCUCCUACAACGUGGCUCCUGUACCUGUAUCCUACAACGUAGCUCCUUCACCUGUUUCCUACAACGUAGCUCCUGUGGCACCUGUUCAGUCUCAGUAUCACGCUCAGGAUGAGAUCGGUCAGUACUCCUUCGGUUACGCCGGCGGUGCAUCUUCACGCGCUGAGUCUCGCGAUGCCUUCGGUGUUGUCUGUGGUUCGUACAACUACGUGGACUCUGAGGGCAAGGUUCAGACUCAGUACUACGUGGCUGACGCCCUUGGCUUCCGUGCGUCCGGCACCAACCUUCCUGUGGCUCCCGACGCCCCUCUGGCCGCCCUCCCCGGCCCCGUCCCCGAACCCGUCCAGGACACUGCUGAGGUAGUCGCCGCCAAGCUCGCCCAUUUCCAGGCCUACAACGAAGCCGCCGCCGCCGCCGCUGCCGCCCCAGACACCCGCUAAAGAGUGUUUUAGAAACUGCAUCAUAUCUGUGCGUAGAGCUCUCGCCAGCAGAUAACAGCAUCAAGAUUCUAGUCAGUUUCGAUCGAGAGUUGACGGACGUGUAUGAGAUACCUCUGAA